AUGGUCCGACGUUGGACGUCCUUAAAACAGUCCCGCCUGGGUGACGGAGGAGGCAGCGAUUCUCCUUCAGACACUGGCGGGGAUCCUGCAUGUUUCGCCUCCCCAUCCACGCCCCUUCCCUCAACGAGGAUUGAAUCCACCAGCUCGAUGACCACGCUCAGGACAGCACCCAUCAGAAAGACCAACUGGCAGGUCAUCGAACACUUUGGCAGCAAGGACAAGGGAAGCCUGUCAUCCAGUCUCAUUGCGGUAAGGGGUAGUAGUUUCAACUUGUGGUCCAUUGGUAUUUAA